UCUCCCUUCUCCAACUCCUUCCUUCAACAAAGAGCAAAUUGCCCUAGCCUCCACCAAAGAAAGCAAACCCUAGCCUCCACCAAUAGUUGUCGCCGUCCAUCGCAUUCAAGAACUUCUGUCUUCGUGCUCUCGGGCCUCUCGCCGGAUCCUCCACGUUGGGUGCUCGCAUCUCGCCGUUCUCCUCUGUGCUCGGCUGCUCGCGCCUCCCUCCGCCAGUGAGUGCUCGAGCUGUGCGUGUCGGUUGCUGCUCGUCGUCCGUGGUUGUCUCUGCUCGAUUCUGCCUCCCAGUCUCACUCGAGUCUUGUCUCAGUCACUGGCAUCUCGUGGUUCGUCUGUCUCGUUGCCGGCGGCAGAAGCAACUCGUGGGGUUGUCUCUUGCUUCGUCGCCUUCCGUGGGGUGGUCGCCGACUCGCCGUCGACCGUUGAGUGGUAAAGAUGGCAUUGAGCAUGAAGAUAAAUUCCACAAAGAUUAGUUGUCAGUGAUGGAGCAUGGGUCACACUCUGAUCAGAGUAAAUCAACUUUUUCUCUGGCAGAUGAGGAUCAUACAUUUGCAAAUUCUAUGAGAUUCACAUUAAAUCAAGAUCCAAGAGUUACAUUUUGUGGGUACAGCAUUCCUCAUCCGUCGGAUAACCGCGUUAACAUCAGGGUCCAGACAACAGGGGAUCCGGCACGAGAAGUUUUAAAGGAUGCAUGUCAAGAUCUGAUGCUUAUCUGCCAACAUGUAAGGAGCACUUUUGAUAAGGCUAUCAGUGAUUUCAAAAAGAGCGAGACUGUAGAGAGUGAUGAUGCUGAAUAGUAAUAUUUUCUAGUUAUACACUUGGUUGUUAUUCUGUGGAGUGUUGAUUCCCCACUGUGUAUGGUUGGCAUCAAAUUUUCAUUAAUAUAAAAGCCCGUUUUGCUUUCAAUGAUGAUGUGUUGGAGACAAGACAAGGGACCUUCUAUUCCUGUUUGUUACUUUGGUUAAUUCAUAAGUCUUUUAAUUUUUUCUUUAGCAAAUUAAUGACUUCUGAGUA